UCUACUGCCCGCGUGGCCGCAGCGGCGGUGCCCUGCCAGCGGGAAGAGAGAACGCGGUGGUGUUCCUACAAGCAGCGAGCAAGCCCAACCGCUACAGGCGGUUUCUUUGUGGUGGUACGAGCACCCAGACUAAUUGUUGGAUUCCGCCGUCGAAAAAGUCCCGGUGAAAUGCCUUAUGUCUAUUUCCAGAAACCUGCAUUGAGUGGCAAUUUUCGGUGGGGAUAAGUUUCUGCUAUCGUCUCACGAUCGUACGCCACCGGUAAAAUCUCAUUCCGCACUGCUGACACUCGCUCCACAUUCCGCAUUCGGUGGCGAGAGGGACGAUUGUUGGUCAAUUACUGGGGGGGUUCUCUUCGUCUUUGAUCCUGUGAUGUGCUAGACCGUUACCACAUUCCGCAGCGAAGAGUUUCUUCCCGCGCAUUCUUAGGUUUUUCUUGGUUCGUUUUUCUACGCCUAUAAGUCGGUGCCGAUUCUUGCUGUCUUGAUCGAUUUGGUUAAAUUGAGAACCGAUGGAGUUUUCAGUAUCUGCUCACGGACCCACUCCUCUAGGGCCCACGUCUGUCGUUGGUCUGCCUCGGCGCCGUCUUUUGCUUGUUAGUUUGAAAAGAAACCAAUCGGGCCUUUGCAAUCGCCAGUUGCAUAGAAGAAGACGCAGUGUAGUUCGUUCAUCUCUCUCCAAUGGCAGCAGAGACGACGAGACUAGCGAAAAUGGCACAAUUUUGUCCGGCUUUCUGUAUUCUGCGUCUCGGGGGUCGCGACGGUUUUUCAAUGGUUUUCGCGAUCGGUUGGAGAAGGAAAUUAGUUUCGAUGUGGAUCGAGUUUCUUCCCAGAUGGAGAGUUUGACAGCUGGCGUUGGUGAAGCCCUAAGUAGAGGUCAAGCCGAACUUGAUAAGUUGAGAUUUGACUUGUUUCCGAGAUUUGUUGAUUGGAACCAGUGGGAGAAUUGGAAGGAUCUCAAGAGUUGGAGCCCUAGGCGAAUUGGGAUCUUGAUGUUGUAUGUAUUCGUUGUGGCAUUCUCAUUCCAUAGAACUUACAUGGCUUUGAGAAUGCUAGACGGACACAAAAAAAAGACACAAUCAGCGGAAGCUUACAUGGAAGCAUUGAUACCUGAACCUUCCGAAUAUAAUAUCAGGAAGUUUAAAAAGAGUAUGUGGAGGAAGUCCAUGCCAAAAGGCCUGAUAAUAAAAAAGUAUAUAGAAGGUCCUGAUGGCAUACUUUUACGUGACAAUGCAUAUGUUGGGGAGCUUGCGUGGGAAGAAGAGCCGGAGGCUAGCCCUGUAACCAUUGCAGAAAUAAUUGAUUCGGAGACAAACAUGAAAGCAGAAAAAAAAGAAAUGUUAAAGGAAGAAUUGUGCAUUGGAGAUGAUAAAAACAGACAAAGUACAUGGCGCGAGAGGCUUGGAAAAUGGAAAAAAGUUCUGGAAAACGAGAAGUUAUCUGAGCAGCUUAGUUCAUUAAAUGCACAAUAUGUGGUCGAUUUUGAUAUGCAAGAAGUUAAAAAGAGUCUUCGUGAAGAAGUGGCAGAAAAAGCUUCUGCUUCCCAAGGAGGUAGAGCUUUAUGGAUUUCCAAAAGAUGGUGGCUCUAUCGUCCAAAACUUCCUUAUAUGUUUUUCCUGGAUAAGCUUAAUUCUGCUGAGGUUGCAUCUAUUGUCUUUACAGAGGAUCUGAAGAAGAUAUAUGUAACCAUGAAAGAGGGGUUCCCAUUAGAAUAUGUUGUUGAUAUACCUCUUGAUCCUCACCUAUUUGAGAUGAUCUCCUAUUCUGGAGUUGAAGUUGAUCUUCUCCAGAAAACUCAAAUGCAUUACAUUAUCCGAGUGGUGAUUGCACUGGUUCCUGGUCUGCUAAUUUUGUGGUUCAUAAGAGAGGCUAUGAUGCUUUUGCAUAUUACUUCACAGCGGUUUCUUUAUAAAAAGCAUCGCCAACUUCAGGAUUUGGCAUAUGCCGAAAAUUUUAUUUUGCCUAUUGAAGGUACUGAUGAAAUGAAAUCAAUGUAUCGAGAAGUGAUAUUAGGUGGUGAUGUAUGGGAUCUUCUGGAUGAGUUAAUGAUAUACAUGGGCAACCCAUUGCAGUAUUACGAAAAGGAAGUGAAAUUUGUUCGGGGGGUUCUUCUCUCUGGACCACCUGGGACAGGCAAAACUCUUUUUGCACGUACACUGUCCAAGGAAAGUGGGCUUCCUUUUGUCUUUGCUUCUGGUGCAGAGUUCAACAAUAGUGAAAAAAGUGGUGCUGCAAGAAUUAAUGAGAUAUUUUCCAUGGCUCGGAGAAAUGCUCCUUCAUUUAUCUUUAUUGAUGAAAUUGAUGCUAUUGCUGGCCCACAUGCAAGAAAGGAUCCACGCAGACGUGCUACUUUUGAAGCACUGUUAACCCAACUUGAUGGGGAGAAAGAGAAAACUGGUGUCGAUAGAUUUUCUCUCCGGCAAGCUGUGAUAUUUAUUUGUGCAACUAACCAGCCUGAUCAACUGGAUGCUGACUUUGUUCGUCCUGGACGAAUAGAUCGUCGACUUUACAUUGGGAUGCCAGAUGCCAAACAGCGGGUGGACAUUUUUGGAGUACAUGGUGCUGGCAAGAAGUUCUCUAAUGAUGUAGACUUUGAGAAGCUUGUCUUUCGGACUGUUGGUUAUUCUGGAGCUGAUAUUCGGAACCUUGUAAAUGAGGCAGCAAUAAUGUCGGUAAGGAAGGGGCGUUCUGCAAUUUCCCAGCAAGAUAUCAUUGAUGUUCUAGAUAAGCAGUUGCUUGAGGGAAAAGGGGUAUUACUUACAGAGGAAGAGCAGCAAAAAUGUGAAGAGAGUGUAUCCUUUGACAAGAAGAGAUUGCUGGCAGUUCAUGAAGCUGGCCAUGUACUGUUAGCUCACCUUUUCCCGAGGUAUGAUUGGCAUGCCUCUUCCCAGUUGCUGCCUGGUGGCCAGGAAAAAUCCGAGUCACUUUUCUACCCUAGGGAGGAUAUGAUAGAUCAAGGGUACACUACUUUCGGCUACAUGAAAAUGCAAAUGAUUGUGGCACAUGGGGGCCGUUGUGCAGAACAAAUUGUUUUUGGUGAUGUCACAGAUUAUGGUCAAGAUGAUCUUGAGAAAAUCACAAAAAUUGCUAGAGAGAUGGUUAUCAGCCCUAGAAAUACAAAGCUGGGACUUGUACAAUUAACAAAGCGGUUUCAUAUUACUGAUCGGCCUGAUAGCCAUGAUGGUCAGCUUGUAAAGUAUAGGUGGGAUGACCCUCAUGUGGUUCCUGUUGAUAUGACCUAUGAAUUGUCUGAGCUAUUCACACGUGAAUUGACUAGGUAUGUUGACGAGACAGAAGAAAUGGCUAUGAGCGGCCUGAAGAAGAACCAGCAUAUUCUGGACAGAAUUGCAAAGGAAUUGCUGGAAAGAUCAAAGCUUACUGGACUGGAAGUUGAUGAAAUGAUGAAAGACAUGAACCCAGAAAUGUUUGAUGACUUCAUGAUGCCUUACCAGAUUGACUUGGAAGAGGAGGGUCCACUGCCAAAGAAUGACAAGUUGCGGUAUGAACCAUUGGUUCUAUAUCCUGCGCCCCUGCAUCGGUGUUAAAGAGUACGUAAUGACAGAAACAGAGCAAUCUUUGCAAUCCCAUGGCCAUGAUGGUUGCAGUAGAUGUACAUAAUGGUCGCUGCUUGUAAUAGCUGAUGUUGGCACUCCACGAUUCAUGGUCAUUGGUCGACCUUCAGAUGCAUACUGAAGGUCUCUGGAAGGUUGAGUGCUCAUCUCGGCCCAAAAAGGAUGACUGGUUGGCAUUCUUUCGAUCAGUUUCCUGGUACAAUUGUGCGCUUUUGGGCAUGAUCAAAAUUUUCUUCGGAGGAGCUUUCAGUAGCCUCACAUUUUUGUUGUAUUUCCUUGCUAGUCCAUUUUCUUCGGACAAUUGGACUGGAGAUUUUAAACUCUCUCUCUCUCUCUCUCUCUCUCUCUCUGUACAUUUAUCCUACAUGUAGCUAUGCAAUUUAUAAUUGUCAAGUUUCCAAUUUUAA